GCUGAUUGCUCACGACCGCACUGUUCGACAUCGUCCUCGACAGCAAGAUGGCAACGUUUGUGAAAGUUCAGUAAAGAACGAGCGAUUUCCGGCAAAUAUCGCCAGUUGCGACGUUCUGAGUGGUUGUCAGCGGUAUUCAUUGGCUCGUGAUUGCGUGCAAAAAUGACCGCAGGCACCAGUUUAGUAGUGCCCAUAGUGCUAUGGGGCCGCAUAGCACCGACCCACUGUAUUUCCUGUGUCUAUCUGUCUCGAGAUCAAAAGACACUGGUAACAGGAUGUUAUGAUGGCCAAAUAUGUCUGUGGCAGGUGGACCCAGAAUCAUUAAAGAUGACUCCAAGAUGUUUGCUCGUGGGACAUACGGCUCCUAUCAUGUGUCUCAGUCGCGCCAGCGUCAUAAUGGAGCAGAAUUUUAUUGUCAGCAGCAGUGAAAGCGGCGAGAUGUGCACCUGGGACCUAGUCGACGGGAAGUGUCGCGAGGCGGUGAAACUCAAUAACAUCCACACGCAAAUGUUACCCUAUGUUUCCGCGGGCGGAGAGGACGUUAGAUUGUUCUGCUCCGGAUACUAUCCCGAGGUUUUAGUGAUGGACCCGUUUAGUCUGGAAGUGUUGUUCACCCUGAGCUCCCGCGUCAAUCCGGACUGGAUUAGCGCCUUGCACGUUUUGCGGCCGGCCAAACGGAAAGGUCGGUUCUACGUGCAUACAAACGACGUUGUGCUGGCUCUGACGACAACCGGCAUGGUGAAGGUGUGGACGCUCUUAGGACACGAGAAUCGGAACAGCGAGCCUCUGUAUGAGCACGAGAGCAAGCAGAUACGCUGCUUGAACGCACUUGCGAUGACUUGUUGCCCGUACAAUCAGAGAACAGUGCUCAUUGUGUGUUCGAAGUUUUGGCAGAUAUACGAUGCCGGUGACUUUUCGGUUCUCUGCUCGAUAACUGCCCCGCGCGGGGAACGUUGGAUGGCGGGGGAUUUUCUGGCCGCCGACAGGGUCAUCCUAUGGAGCGAUGAAGGUCACGGAUAUCUAUACAAACUUCCGGCCAACAAGCUGAAGGGCAAGGCUCUCAGCAGUAGCGUCGCGGAUAACAAGAACUUCCACACCGCCGGUGCCGAGUACGAUCAGCCGUAUUUGUAUUGCACGUUAACGCAACCCGGAGAUAAGCCUCUUUCGUGCCCGCCGGCGAUGCGACUGGUCACUGUGCAGCGUCAAAAUAAGACUCUAAAGUAUCUCCUGCGUGGUGACAGCGAAGGUGUUGUUAUCCUGUGGACGGUGCCAGACGUCACGACGCAGCAACUCGCUCAGAUAUGUCAGAACGAUGGCUCCUCGCCACCUGCGUUAUCGCCGACCGUGAAGACGAGUCUCACUGCAGCUUGGGAUGCGAUGAAGCCGCCUCCUGUGGGGAUACUCGAUCAAUUGGACUCCGGCGAUGGUCAGGGCAUCAAACUCACCGCUUGUAUAUACUUACCGCAACAGAGUCGGCUGGUGGUCGGUCGUGAAGACGGCAGCAUCAUCAUCGUGCCGGCUACACAGACCGUGAUGCUUCAGCUGCUCCAUGGCAAUCAUCAGCAGUAUGACGAUUGGCCACCGCAUCAAGUUCUCUUAGGUCACUCGGGACGAGUGAAUUGUCUGCUUUAUCCUCACGGCGCAGCGCCUCGUUACGAUCGCACUCAUCUCGUCUCUGGUUCUGUAGACUUUGCCGUGUGCCUUUGGGAUUUGUACGCCGGCACGUUGAUCCAUCGGUUUUGCGUUCACGCUGGCGAGAUCACGCAACUGAUGGUGCCACCCGACAAUUGCAGUCCCAGAAUACAGAAAUGCGUCUGUAGUGUUGCGUCGGAUCACAGCGUCACGUUGCUCUCGUUAGCUGAGAGAAAGUGUGUCGUGCUUGCUUCACGACACCUUUUCCCGGUUGUGACUAUCAAAUGGAGGCCGUUGGACGACUUCAUGAUAGUCGGAUGCUCCGACGGAGCCGUUUACGUCUGGCAAAUGGAAACCGGUCACUUGGAUCGUGUAUUGCACGGUAUUAUUGCGGAAGAGGUGCUCUACGCAUGCGACGAGAACACAUUAGCAACGGCCGGAGGAUCCGCUGCUGGCGGUGAGCUAGGAUUAGCCAAUCCUGCCGUGCAUUUCUUUAGGGGUUUACGCCAUCGUAACCUGUCAGCGAUCAGGCACGCGACGCAGAGAGGUUUGCAUCAGCUGCAGCAACUGCACGGCGGACAUGGUCCUGAUCACGGGAAUCAGAUAAAAGCCAAAGGCUCACCGUUGAUGAUCCAAGGCUUCAGGAGUAAUCCAAAGGACCCGGAGAGUCACAUUCUAUUUUUCGACAUAGAAGCGUUGAUAGUACAAUUACUCAGUGACGAGUAUGGCGCCAUGUCGCCCGGUUCUCUAGAAGCGCAAGGUUUGAUCUCCGCAGCUGAAUAUCAGAAAGUCGCGGCGCUUACUCAAUCUGCCAGUCCCGAUGCUCACAAAAAGAUCGUUGACUUUUUUGGUCGUGUCAAGGAUAAAGCGGGCGAUGUUGAACGAAUAUUGAAGGAGAAGGAUCGUCACGGUAUAUUGGCUAAAAUGAAGGAGGGUGCGGAGAAUGUGCACACUAAGUUACAAGCCAAAGCUGAAAGCGUCGGCCUCAAGCCGUCAAUGUUUGACGGUAAAGGUGACAAUUGGAACAACAACGAUGUAGCGAAGAAUAAUUUGAAGCGAAAUGGCGCGUUCAGCGAGCCGAACGCAACGAUGGAGGUCGCGCAGUUGCUCUUGAGCCUUUUGCAUGCCUGGGGCAUGGAUCCUGACUUGGAUCGAGUCUGUGAGGGAAAACUGGGUUUACUGCGGCCUAUGGUUCCCGUAUCGUUCGGAGUGUUAUCUAAGGGAGGUUACAUGUCGUUAUUACUGCCAACUUGGCAGACACAGCUUGAGCCAGUCGGCGAACCCACAACACAGUUGGAGCAACGCUUACCAGCUGAAUUAGUCAGGCAAGAGAGACUCACUAGAGCAUUCACUGCGAGAGCACACUGGGAAUUAUCGACGACCUUAACGAGUAAUCACUUAUUGGCCGUGGUCGCUUUAGCGAACACUUUAAUGUCGAUGAAUAAUGCAACAUUUGUACCUGAGCAAGAGCGAAAUCGCAAGAUGCACAGACCAGGCAAUAGAGGUGCGGUGAAUUGGAAUAAAACAGAAGAGGAGAAUGAGGAGAUAUACACAGUGCAACAGGCACAGAUCAAGCAGGGUUGGUCUCUUCUCGCCACGUUGCAUUGCGUGUUAUUACCUGACAAAGUCGCGACGCAAGGCGGCGCGAAAACGUUCAAGCGACCACAAGUGGAGAUGAUGGCACGAAGGUGGCAACAUCAAUGUGUGGAGAUUCGAGAAGCGGCGCAAGCUUUGCUGCUCGCUGAACUGGGCAGGAUGGGACCAAAGGGUCGUAAAACACUUGUUGACAGUUGGUCGCAGUAUUUGCCGAUGUACAGCACCCAAGAACCUAUCGCGCCACAACCACAGAGCCAAAACUCGCCGGCACCCGGAAGCCCGGUGCCACCAUCCGAAACACAACCAGAGGAAGAAUAUGAAGAGGAGGAAUUAGCCGAGGAGAUGAGUAUAGCUAGAAAACCGUCGAGCGUAGCGGAAUUAAAGCGAAAGCAAACUACAGCGGUGGUGUUGUUGGGCGUGAUAGGAGCCGAAUUUGGUCAGGAUGUAACUACAGCGAAUCAGAGAAGGGAUAACGAGCAAAGACGAAAGAGCUCGAUCGUGGAGGGUUUCGGUAUAGGAAAUAAUAAUCUCGCCAGGCACACCAGUAUGGCGCUCACUCAUUUGUUGCAUGCGCCUCAUUCUCCGAAGUUGCCAAUGCACACGGCGCUGCGAAGGGCCGCGAUCGAUCUUAUUGGCAGGGGAUUCACUGUGUGGGAACCUUAUCUCGAUGUGUCGAAGGUUCUACUAGGCCUACUGGAAAUGUGUUGCGACGCGGAUAAGUUAGUGCCGAGCCUGACGUACGGUCUUCCUCUCACGCCGCAAGCUGACACUUGUCGCACAGCUCGUCACGCCUUGACUCUGAUCGCUACUGCUAGACCAGCUGCUUUCAUUACUACAAUGGCUCGCGAGGUGGCAAGAUUCAACACCCUUCAACAGAAUGCUCAAACUUUGAACGUCAAUUUGGGCGCGAGUGUUCUGACCAGGGCGAAGCCAGAGAUUCUUAGGAUCGUGGAACAGUUAAUCGACAAGAUGCAAAGCGAGAUGAGCGAUCUUCUCGUGGAGGUUAUGGAUAUCAUUCUACAUUGUCUGGAUCCAGGUCACCUGAAAAUGAAGCCUUUGAACGAAGUAUUCCCGGCAGUGUGUAGAUUCAAUCAAGUCAGUCAUUGUCCGGCAACGCGCAGGAUAGCGGUUGGUAGUCGCAGUGGUCAGUUAGCACUGUACGAAUUACGUGGUAAUGUGAAAUGUCAAACUGUCUCGGCUCAUUCGGCGCCGGUUACUGCAUUAGCGUUCUCACCAGAAGGGAAGUUCCUCGUCAGUUACUCUUGUUCUGAGAACAAGCUGUGUUUCUGGCAGCAAACCAGUAGCGGCAUGUUCGGUUUGGGCAAUUCGCAGACGCGUUGCGUUAAGUCAUACAGCACAGCGCCUAUCAACGACGUGGCUCGAUUGAAUCCUAUGCGCUUGGCGCGGUUGAUAUGGAUCAACAAUCGCACGGUCACUCUGAUGCUUGCGGACGGUUCAGAAACACGCUUCAACGUCUGAAUAUCGCACGUGAUUGACCGAUCGAAGUUCGCCCCGCGAGCAACGAAAGUAGCUUGUUCGCCGUUUAGCGCUGAUCAAGUCUGGUUUACACAAUGUCUCUUAACAGAUUUUUUACGAGAAUGUCGAGAAUAAUAACGCAAUAAUAGUAGCGACACCGUUUUUAUAGGAUGUGAUAGCUUAAUAACGCUCGAGACUAAAGAACACUAUUAAUGGAUUCCUUCAAAAGAAUGCUAUUUGGUCAAUAAAUAGGGAAAGAACGAUUUCGUGUGUGUUAAGCUUAAAAGAACACGUACUUCAGCAGCAAUUGAAAGUUUGCACAGCUAGUAAGAGAGCACCGUAUAACCCAGGCUUCUACGCUAACUGCGGUUAUUAAAUUUUUUUCUGCGUUUAUAGCAUGGAUGGAGAUGCAAUUUAGAAGAGAUUAUAGCUAAGUGAAGCUGUCGGCGCGACUCUAGCCAAAGUACUUUGCGCGUCAACCGAAAGAGCGUCGUUAACGAUUCCGGCGCGCAAGCUGAUUAUUUAAUUAAUAGUAUUGAAUAAUUCGGACCUUCUGAGUAAGUAACGCUAUGUCUCAACGUGUAUGUUGCGACCGUUCAAUCUUCAUCUCACUCACACAACUCUUGCGUUGUAUAAGCAAACGGUCAAGAUUGAACGGUCGCACUUAGCUGGAUGCUACUGACACAGUACAGCUUCAUAUUUUGCACUGUUUUUCUAUUUGGUUGUAUAGAAUUGUAAAUACUUAUACAGAAUGAAAAUACAAAUGUCAAUAAACGACGGAUUACUUGAGAAACAAUUCUUACUUACAAUUCUUUUGUUUUUGAUAUGAGAUAUUUACUGAGAGAUUUAUUGACAUUUGUACUUUCACUCUGUACAAACAUUUGAAACUCUAUACAAACAAAUAGAAAAACAAUGCACAAUACGGGACCUGCACUGUGUCGGUAUCAAAGCAUCCCUUUAACAUGUUCGCUACCACAUUUAUUUGAAGAAUUCUCUCUACAAAGUAUAUUUUGUUUUCAUGUAACUAUGUAAAACAGACUUGUUUAUAUGCGGAUAUAAAAAAGUGUUGUCGUACAUAUGUGACUUUAGUAGUGAAAAUGUUAAAUAAAAUAAAAAUUUCAAGUAAAGAUGAACCUUGAAAUGAAAGAUCGCUGGUAGCGAACGCUAUGUUAAACACGCGUAGAACGUAUGGAUCGUCGGCGAUAGUUUCGCGCGGAUCAGGCAAAGUCACGGAGGGAUCAUGCGAUACGAAUUUGUUCCUUCCAAUCUCCCGAAAGUCGUGGCACCUGUUAGACGUAUAGUUCGAUGAAUAUUUCUGCGAGGAAGUUUUAGUCUUAUUAACGAUUGAAUAGUUUGUCGUACACUUAGAUACUCGGUAGAGGUAGGGGGAGUUGCAAUCCAGUAUCGUUUUAUUCGAAGUCACGGACGGAAACGUUCUACUUGUAACUUUAUUUUGUAAAUAUUGCUUGCGACGGCGCACCCGUGACUUCCGGGAGAUUGAACCUACGCGUUUCCACGUCGCCUUCCUUCCUUAUUUGCUGUUCACUCAGCGGAUCUUCGGAUCUUCUCAUACGAGUCCGUUGAUCGGCGAAGCCUUCGCCGCACGUUUCUUAUUACGUUUCCCAAGGACAGCGUUUACGAGCCGGAUACUAAGAUCUACGUUGUCCUGAUCGCGCAUUUCUUGAUUUUAGUUAAUAUAGCGAAUGCAUAAGAAGGAAAAAAGUCGAAGGAAAGUAUAAGUUAAGAAUGUAAAGUAUAGUCAAGUCUAACACUUGUCACGCUAAUUUGACGAUAUUCCACGAUUGACUAACCGACACUCUAGUAUUUAUUUCAUCACUGUAGGAUAUAGAAGCGAAGAACGAGAGCGCUCGUUCUUUAAGAUCGACCGACUUGAAAAUGCACCGUCUCGCCGCUCUUCUGUCGCUCUCUCUCUCUCUCUCUCUCCUUCUAUCGGAGAGAUCUUCGCUUGACAGAGCGACAGAGUAUCGCGUACAUAGAAUAUACGACGUAAAAUAAUUUAUAUAAUUGUUAUUGUGUCCCAUACGUGGAUUCAGUCAAAUCACACACCACACACACACACACAUAGCGUACUGGGUGUGCCGCAAGUCGCGCGCAAGUUUCUCUUCGUUCAUGUCGAUUACAGUGACCGCGAAAAAUGGUUUAAAGUAUAAGCGCAUUAUUUAUUAUGACUCUGUAGUUUAAUUCUUUCACUCUGAAGGCGCGCGAUUUACGGUUCAUCCUAUACGUCCUCGCGAUCGAUGAUCGAAAGAUAACGAUCCCCUUGCCGAAGUUCGAGCAAUGCCUCGACGAUCGUCCCAACACUGACGAUUCGCGAGUCUGGAUACUCCCGAUCGAUCGUGUUCUUUUUCGCAGUAUUAGCGGAAGAAAUCGCAGGAAUGUGUGGAUGCACAUAGCUUUAAACCGUUUGUGUUUGUAGGAUGGUGUAAGAUUGCGCCAGCAGGGUAUUAGACUUUGUAUUUUAUUCUCAAAAUUAGUUGUCUUUGUUAAAAAAUUAUUUCGAAGUUAUGACUUUUGUGAACAACUUGUGUGUGCCGGCUCUUAUUUACACAUUUGACUAAAUUCAGCUAGCUAGACUGAUCUUGGAUUCUGUCUUAUAUGUACGUUUCUAGUUUAAUAUAAAAUUUACUAUUUUUUACAGUAGAUAUCUUUGCGUAUAUUGUUGUAAGUUUGUUAUUAGAUAUCAGUAAUUAAAUUUUAUUUAGAAUAAUGUUAGCAGCUCUAAAACACUUUACUUGAACUUACUUCUAACUAAAAGUACUAUUGCUUUGGCAAUUCUAUCAUAAAAAGAAAUUGACUCUAGUUUGUGUAUGAAAAGAUUCGUAUACAAUUUGAAAAUCUUUAUCUUUAUAAUGCAAAGUCACCACUUAUUGAUGCCUGUUGGCUCAAUCUUACUUCAUCUUAUGGCAUAUAUAAUAUAGUGCCGACCACGUCGCGCAGGCGUGUCUGUGAUUGGCACUUACGCGCAAAAAAUUACUUGUCCAAAUAUCUGUUUGUUGCGUUUAUAGAAGAGCGACUUGACCCUUCGAAUGAAAUCUAUAUUCCUUCCUCUCUAAUCAGAUCCUAUUUUCUACAAAACUGAUAACAUACAGAUGAAAAAUAAAAAUGAUGAAAAUUAUCAGCGUGAUUGGUGUUCUUUGCUUCGUUUUCUUUUCUUUUUUAAUUGCGACCGACUGUAAUUGGCAAAUCGCGCCGAAGAUAGUAGACGAAGCAAGCUCGGGAACAUCGGUCCGAAGGGUUGAUCGAGAUCAGUUACAACAAUUAGUAACACGAGUUAACGCAAUUUAAAUAGCGCGCGAGGCGUAUAGCAAAUGAAGGUAUACUCGGCGCGCCACUCCCAUCGUGUACAUAAAACCAAACUGCGCCUAAUUGUAUCUAUGUAAUUAUUUAUGUGUAUAUUGUACUCGAUUGCGCGUUACGUAUUAUGUUCCACCGGCCGAAUAAAACGCAAGAGGCGGAGUAUUAUUAUAUACAGGUGGAGCGCACCUGACCUGUUUCGCUUGUAACUGUCGACGAAUGUAAUAAAAGGAGAAACUCUGA